AUGGCGACUAUGAUAGCGAGACUGAGUGGUGGAGUGGUUAUAAACAUACAUAAUGUGAAAACUAUUAUUAUGUUCCGUGGUAGAAACUAUAGGCAGCCUAAGAACCUGAUCCCUGUCAAUACCCUCACAAAACGAAAGGCUUUAUUUAAAGCGAGAUUUGAACAAGCACUUGAAUCACAGAAGCUGAACAUCAAGAAAACAGAACAGCAGCUAAGGAGAAUGGGUGUUAACCCUGAAGAUCCUGUUGCAAUGGCUAGCAUCCAGAGAGUGGCUUCAACGUUCUUCAAUGCAAUCGAUAAAAAAGAAGGAAGCCCGUAUGUCUUCCAUUUAGAUAAACAAUUAGAAGGACGGACUAGUGUGGUAAAUACAGAAGAGUCAGAAGCUGUUGAUGAAGAUAGUGACCAGGAGGAGCUAGACAGAUUCAUAGCUGAGAUUGAAGAGUCAGCAGACAAGGAGUGGGAGGAAGAAGAAGCUGCGGAGCAAGAAGAAUCUGGUAGGAUAAGGUAUUGGAACCGAGAGGAGUUUGCAGGAAGAAACAGAGGACCUUAUGGAGACUCAAGUCAUGGCUUUAGAAGAAAUGAAAGGGAUACACGUAUCCAGAGGAGAUCCGAUGAUAGUGAUGACAGUGAUCAAUUAGAUUCUGAUAAUGAUGAAAUCCCAAAGAGAUUUGAUAGGCCAAGAUCAAAUACAAGAAGGCAGGAACAUGAUUUUGUGAGAAGAGGUCCCGUUCCUCGAGCUCAAGUGAGGAGUGAUGAAGAUGUGUUGAGUGAUCUUGAUAACACAAUGUGGGAUUCUGGAGAUGAAGAAGAUGCACCAGCUAACUACAUUUCGAGCAGUGAUGAGGAUGAAGAUGAAAACAGGAAAUUAUCGGCAUCUAAACAACCAAGAUUCAGUAACAAUAAUAGUUCAAGAGAUGGUAUCAACAAUUCUAAGAACAAGAAUGGAAAACAAAGGGAUGAGGAUUGGGAUAGUGAUUAUGGUCUUUAUCAUAUUAUUACAAUGAGAAAUGAAAGAUGUUACAACUCUGGUCUGAAUAUUGAAAGCUAA